AUGGAGUCAACAUUCAUUUUUGAUCGCGUCAAUAAGUCCGUUGAGAUUUGCACGGCUAAACGCACAGGAAUCAAUAUAUUUAUAUUCGAUAUUGUGAAAGGUCUCCUUAAGGGUGAUUAUGACAGACCUGCAUAUGUGGUGGUACUUGUCAUCUCCAGUCUUUUGCUCCUCGCCAUCAUCAUCUUCUUCGGUUCAUACAAGCGUCUUAGUCGCAACAGGUUUCUCAAAGGGGCCCUAUGGGCAGCCUACUUUCUGCCCUUCUACAUCAUAUCAAACACCCUUGGUCUGAUGCAAUCACCACCGUACCUUAAUGAGAUGUAUGCAAUCUGGGCCGUGCUUUUCCUCCUCAUUUACGGAACCGCCAACUCCACGCUCUACAGCAACCAAGAUAACCAGCAAAGAAAGUCGCGUGCCUUGCAGGAAAUCAUUCUCCUCUAUUUGGCUUGUUGGUUGUAUUCUCUGCAUCAUCAUCAGCAAGUGUUCAAAUGCCCGCUUCUAGUGAUUUUGGUACUUACUGCCAUCAAAUUUGGCGCUAGACUGAUACUCAUGAACUCUAGGUACUCGCCAUUGAUUGCGUUAAGAAGGAAAACUAAACUGCUUGCUGACUUCAUGAGACGUGAACAAGAUAUAAGCAGUGAGACAGAUCCCGUCUACAUGAAAGGAUACAACUAUUUGGUCAUGGGAGAAGAGAAAGCAGAAGUGGUAAGCAAUGAGCAAUUGAAAAUGGAUCACAUCAAUUGUGGAAUUGUCACCAUAGAGAAUAUAUGGGACUGCCAAAACAUGCCACUUCUCUCCAAUAGAGAUGGGCAUUUGAAAAACAUGUGCCUCUCAUUUGCCUUGUUCAAGAUGCUCGUGCGUCGAUUUAGGAGAUACCCUUUGCAUGAAUCUCAUCUUCUGAAGACUUGGAACUUCGUCCACUAUGGGCUUCUCUCAAAUAAUGAUCACGAAAGAGCCUUUCAAGUCAUUGAAGUAGAGCUAUCAUUCCUUUACGAUUACUUCUACUCCAUGUUCCCUGUAAUCUUUAGUGAUAGGAGGACGUUCUUUAGUACGACUGUAUUCCAUGUGGUCACAGAAAUCCUUAUGUUGGGAGCUAGUAUUUGGAUUGCAAUACCUCUUAUGAGUUAUGUACCACACCGACCACACCCGAAAGGCUUUCGUGACAUAAGAUUAUGCAACAUAAAGGAUCAGUGGUUGCAUGGUUGUUACAUGGAAGUCAACGACUGGGUCAGAAUAUUCUGUGAAAAACCUUCCCUAGAUGAACCCACCCGUACACAUGUUUUGGGCACCUGUGUAGUGAUAGGCGUAUUUGUCAUAAUGCAGAUUUUGCAAUUCUUCAGUGUUGCCUUUUCAGAUUGGACCAAGGUUUGGUUGCUCUGCCAAUAUGUCCAGAAGCGCUUCUUGCAACAGAGUAAGUGGGAGGGAGUGCUGGGGUUCGUUUGCCAUCCUCCGUUUAUGCGAUCGAAACCCUGGAGAAAGAAAAUGGGGCAGUACUUUCUUCUUUCUUCUUUCAAUUACCGCCCUACACGAUGCUGCUUUUUGUGUCAUGCUUUUAUAGAUAAGCGUAGGAGAGGGCAGAAAGCCAGUGACUCUGUCGAACUGUCUACGCAUGUGAAGAAAGCUGUUAUUGAUACAUUGCUAGAUAAUGGCCGUCGAUUGACAAAUGGGGUGUCUUCUUUGCGGAAAAACGAGGUAGAAGCAGAGCUCUCUUGGGCAUGCGACUUCGAUUCAAACACAUACACCAUCUUCGUUUGGCACAUCGCUACCUCCUUUUGUGUCAUGGAGCACAAUGCCGAGUGCAAGAAAAAGGAAAAAGAUUCAGGUAGGGUAGAACCAGAUCGUGCUGUCACCACCAACAUAUCUGGAUAUUGUGCCUACCUGGUAGCUUUCGCUCCAUCAUUGUUGCCUGAUCCUCCUGAUGCUACUGAAUUAUUAUUUGAUGCAACAAUAUCAGACACAAGAAAAUUACUCAAAAAAUGCAGAAAAUCCCAGACUAAGGUGAGUAAGAAGUUGAAGGAAAUGGAGAACGGCGACACUAUAGUAGAAAAGGGCGUCAAACUUGGGAAACAACUAUUGUCACUGCUACCAGAUGAAGGGCGAAAAUGGAAGGUAUUGGCAGAUUUUUGGGCGGAGAUGAUAUUGUUCCUUGCUCCGUCAGAUAAUGAAAUGGCCCAUGCUGAAAGUCUAGCCAACGGUGGAGAAUUCAUCACACAUUUGUGGGUUUUGCUUACUCACGGAGGCAUCCUCAAAAGAAACUCUGCUCAGCUUGAUGAAGAGAACCCUUCUCCAGCUUCCUCCUCCAGACAAGAGGAAGCACCUUUGGCUUCUCAGCACAUGAAAGAGCACUAG